AUGAAGGCCUCAAUAGCUGCCCUCUCCUGCCUCAUCCUUGCUGCCCAGGCUGCAGUUGAACACCUGAUGCUGGACCUGAAGAGUGAACACUCACUAUCUCAAGGAGGCUUUCACCGUCCCACUGACUGCUGCAUCUCUUACACCCGACUAAAAAUCCGAUGUGUAUUCAUGAAAGAUUAUGUAGAAAUGAGCAGUGCAUGUUCCCGGCCUGCUGUCAUCUUCAUCACCAAAAGGGAGAAGCGUGUCUGUGCUGACCCCAAAGAUGAGAAUGUUCAGAAAUGCAUGUUGGACCUGAAGCUAAGAUCAGUGACCAAGGACCUGAGAACACUUCUUGAGAAGAGAUACUUGGAGUCGGCCCCCUCACCUCCAUCUCUCUAG